AGAGAGAGAGAGAGAGAGAGAAUGAACGGCGGAGGUCAGAUGCCAGGCAUGGGAGGCAUGUCCCCACCAUCUUCUCCGAUGAUGAACAACGGCUCAGGAGGAGGGAUGAUGAUGCACCGCCGUCACAUGAUGAUGCAUAUGACAUUCUUCUGGGGCAAGAACGCCGAGAUUCUUUUCUCCGGCUGGCCUGGUUCAGACAACCUGGGCAUGUACGUUCUGGCCCUCGUUUUCAUCUUCGUUCUCGCCCUAAUCGUCGAAUGGCUCUCUCACUGCAAACUCAUCAAAGAAGGCUCGAAUCAUGUGGCGGCUGGUCUGGUUCAAACCCUAAUGUACGGUUUAAGGAUUGGGUUGGCUUACAUGGUGAUGUUGGCGGUCAUGUCUUUCAAUGCCGGUGUGUUUCUGGCAGCUGUUGCUGGGCACACUUUAGGGUUCUUGGUUUUUGGGAGCAGGGUUUUCAAUAAGAAGUCAUCGUCGACGUUUCGGAAGACCUCAGAUCUGCCUCCGAUGAGCUGCUGAUAUGGAGGUGUGAUUUGCGUCUCUCGGAUUUAAGCUUGAAUUGUCGGUGUAAUUAGAGUUUGUGUCUUUGUGGGCAUGCUUGUAUGUUGUUUCAAAUUAACAUUAAGAACAGAUUUAAGAUAUAUAAGUUGUUGAAUUAUGAAUUUAUGAUGGUAUUUUUGCACUAAAUCUCUCAUUUAGAAAGUUGGGUUUUCAAUUAACCCUAGUGAAACGAAAUUUAAUGGAAGACCAAGUCGGAAAUUGAGCUAUAUUGAAGCUUUCAC